AUGUUUUCAUUGACUGUUUCCUGUUGGACGAAAUUUCGGGUACGACCGCAGCACAGAAUUUUUGUUCAAAAUGUUUUCAUUUGUUUUCACCAAGACUUCAGAAAUUUCAGCUUCGGACCGCAGCACAGAAGGAGGGUGGUCAUUACGGGUAUAGGGCUGGUGUGUCCCCUGGGCACAGGGACUGCUUUACCCUGGGAGUGCUUGAUAAAAGGCCACAGUGGGGUUGUUGCUCUAAACUCUGAGGAAUACAGAGCUGUCCCCUGUAAAGUAGCCGCUCUGGUACCCAGAGGGACUGAUGAGGGGCAAUUUAUGGAGGAGAAGUUUGCCUCUCGUGGAGAAAUCAAUAGCAUGUCACCAGCUACUGUCAUGGCCCUUGGAGCUGCUAAAGUGGCUUUGCAGGACUCAGGGUGGUGUCCCCAAAGCCAAGAAGAACAACUUAACACAGGGGUGGCUGUUGGUAUGGGUAUGGUGUCAUUGGAUGAGAUUGCUCGUACCUCCAUUGCCUUCCAAGAGAAGGGAUACAAUAAAGUGAGCCCCUUUUUUGUUCCCCGCAUCCUUGUUAACAUGGCUGCUGGCCAUAUAAGUAUCAAACACAAACUGAAAGGUCCAAACCAUGCAGUGUCCACGGCAUGCGCCACAGGAGCUCACGCCAUAGGUGAUGCUGCAAGGUUCAUUGCCCACGGGGACGCAGUUGCUAUGGUUACAGGAGGAGCAGAAUCCUGUGUAGGGCCUCUUUCAAUUGCUGGCUUUUCCAGAGCACGAGCACUUGCAACAAAAUGGAAUGACAACCCAAUACUUGCAUCAAGACCUUUUCAUCCAGAGAGAGAUGGCUUUGUGAUGGGAGAAGGAGCAGCAAUGCUCUUGCUGGAGGAGCUUGACCAUGCAGUGGAAAGAGGAGCUAGGAUCUAUGCAGAGGUUCUCGGCUAUGGGCUCUCAGGCGAUGCCAGCCACAUCACUGCACCCACAGCAGAUGGAGAUGGGGCAUUCAGAUGCAUGUCUGCAGCAUUGCGAGAUGCAGGCAUCUCUCCAGCAGAUGUCACAUAUAUCAAUGCCCACGCCACAUCCACACCUUUAGGUGAUGCGGCAGAAAAUGCAGCCAUUAAGAGGCUGUUCCAUCACAGCACUGACAACCUUGCUGUCUCUUCUACCAAAGGAGCCACAGGUCAUCUGCUUGGAGCUGCCGGGGCUUUGGAGGCAGCAUUCACUGCUCUUGCCUGCUACCACGGAUUAUUGCCCCCAACCCUUAACCUUGACCACACAGAGCCAGAUUUCAACCUUAACUAUGUUCCUUGUAUAGCACAACUUUGGCAGACACAAGGGCAACGGGUCGCUCUCACAAACUCAUUUGGAUUUGGU